GUGGCCGAGUGGUCUAAGGCGCCAGACUCAAGUUCUUGUCCUCGAGAGAGGGCGUGGGUUCAAAUCCCACUUCUGACAUUUUUAUUACAUUCUCAAGCUUUUUUCAUUAUUUUGUGCUUCUAUUCUAUCUCACAGGCUCACUGCUCCCUGUUCUCGUUGUUUUGGCCUUAG